AUGGCUAAACGAUCAUUUUUUGUUGAUGAUAUCCUAUGUCAAUUGGAUAAUGAUGAAAAUAAUCGACAUAUUAAACAUGUUCAGAAGAAUAAUUAUUUUUCAAAAACAGAUGAACAAUGUAAUUCAAUCGAUGUAGAACACAUUGGCGGAUAUGAUGCAUCAAGUGAUAACAGUGAUCUAGAUACGUGUACAUCAACAUCGUGUCUAACAGCAAUUAAUUUGCGAAAAAAUAAAAAGCCACGUAAAGCGCGAACAGCUUUCACUGAUCAACAAUUGAAUUGUCUAGAGAAAAAUUUUGAAAGACAAAAAUAUUUGAGUGUUCAAGAACGUAUGGAACUAGCAUCCCGAUUAAAUUUAUCAGAUACACAAGUUAAAACAUGGUAUCAAAAUAGAAGAACAAAAUGGAAACGUCAAGCAUGCAUUGGUCUCGAAUUGUUUGCUGGAGCAACAUUACAACGAUGGAUUCAACGGCAACCACUGUUGUAUGGACGAGGUGCAGCAGGAAAUUUUCCCUACUGUCCGCCGUUAUCAUUCAGUACGAUGUCCUCUAUUCUGACAGAUUCUAAAAAAAAUGAAUUAAAAUAA